GCAUUAUCUAAUAUCAGACAGUUCCACUGGCCAGACAACAGAUCCAGCCAGUGUAGAGAAGCUUGAUGAAAAUGCAGCAGACCAAGAAAAAGAUUCCUCUUUCAGUAAUAAGGAAGAUUCAGUAUCCAAAACAAUUUCUGCUCUGGGUGAAACCCAUAAGGAGGAGUCACGUGAACAUGUUCCAUUUCCUGAUUCACUCACAGACAAAAAUGUUAAAGCUGAAGGACAGAAAGAUGCACAACCACAAGAAGAGGUGGGAGAAAAUAAAUGUGAAAACAUUUGUGCUGAAAGCAACACUCCACUGUCUACGUCUAGCACACCUCGUACCUCACCUUCUGCUGAACACCAGGAUAUCCAGCUUGAUACAAAGAUGGAAUGUCCCAGCCCUAAGCAGGAACAUUCUUGUGACGAACUGGAAUCAGAGGAGUCUCCAAACCAAGACGAUCCCUGUGAGCUUGGCCCACAAACUGACGACCAAAAACCGGUGCAGCCAAAUCAGAGCCUUCCUGAAAUCCCCUCUGCCAAACAAAUGGAAGAGAAAUGUUUGCAAGAGGAUUCUACUCCUGAAAACCAUCAAACUAAGGAGAAUGCAGAAGAAACCCAAAACGACACCAAUGCCUAUCCACUACAAAACCCCUUGCCAGAGACUUCUACAAGUACCAGUGUUUUUAAGGAAGUGUCAUGUCAUGAGGUCACUGAGAUAAACUCUUCUGUAAAUAUCACUCUGCGGACAGAGGUGCCAAAAGCCAGACACUACAAGUUCAUCCCUCUGGAUCCUCGUGAUGAGGACAGGUUCUCUGUCAACCAGGUAGAUGCUCUCAAAUCUCAAGAGCCGGUCUGCACAGAGACUAAGGACCCAGAGAACCCCAAGCGGAAGACUGGAGACCUGCACUCAGGGAUCUGCAAGGAGAAGAGGCCAAGAAUAGAUGAUAGCAAAUCCUCCAACAGUGAGCAGACGGACGAUCUACCUUGUCAGAAGGAGGCUCCACCAAAGGAGGAACCUAAAGUCCCUCCAUUAAAGAUCCAGCUGUCGAAGGUUGGCCUGCCGUUUAUUGUCAAGACUCAGCCGGAGUCAAAACUGGAACCCAAGCCCUCGUCCCUGUCGACUCACAGCGCGGGGAGGAGCUUAGGGGCUAGGACUCUGGCCGAUAUCAAGGCGAGAGCCCAGCAGGCCAGGGCUCUGAGAGAAGCAGCAGCCGCUGCAGCGGUGGCCGCAGCUGCGCGAAUCACCUCUGGAGAAAGCGGGCCCGCCACCGAAGGGGGCAAGGCGUGGACGCUCACCAGCAUCAAAGAGCAAACCAAGGCGAAACUCAUCGCCCGGCACCAAGCCCGACCUCAUUCCCAUUCCCAUCAGAGAGCCAAGGGAGCCAAGCAGAACAGCACAAAAGAAGAUCGGCAUUCGGCAGACCUCCAGGCCCCCGCGCCCUCAAAAUGGGAGUGCUCUACUGGUGUCAUUAUCGCUAACCCCAACAGAAGAUCACCUGAAAAGGGCCACGUCCCUGCUCAUGGGUCCUGGCCCAGCUCAGAGACUUCGAAACCCAGAGCUGCUGUCUCCGCGUCGGCUACCAGUGUGUCUAAGCACUCCAGCUAUGUCUAG